AUGGAGUGCAAAGCUAAUCAGUUGGCUCAGCUAGCAAGCUGGUUACAGUACGCGAGUGUUCAGCGACACAAGUCGACUCUGCAUCCAGCUGCUGUCGGUCGAAAACUUCCACUAUCUGCACGCAAAUAUCAACUAGCUCUCAUGGGGAAGACUCCGCAUGUAGGAAUUAUCGGAGCCGGUGUAUCUGGGCUAAGAUGCGCUGAUAUUCUCGCCCAAAAUGGCGCCAAAGUUACCAUCUUAGAAGCGAGGAAUCGUAUUGGCGGAAGGAUAACGCAGGUUGAAGUUGGUGGAAAUCUGGUGGAUUUAGGCGCAAACUGGAUCCACGGAACAGAAGGCAAUCCAAUCGAUCAGAUCAGUAGGAUAUCAGAUACGACCACCUGUGAAUGGGACGGGCGUGAGACGAUAUAUGAUACCAAUGGAAAGUUGCUCGAUGAAGCUACCACCAUGAAGUUGGCUGAGUGGAUGUGGACUACCGUUGAUGAAGGUUUCGUGUUCAGCACCAAGAAUAAGGACUCGAUACCUGCCAGUAUGAGUUUGUACGACUACUGCUGUAAGCAGCUCGAGAAGACCGAUUUUACUGAGGCGGAAAAAGCCGCCUGCAAAGAAUUCUCCAAAUUUUGGGGUGCCUAUGUCGGCGAACCUGUUGAACGACAGAGCAUGAAAUUCUUCUGCUUAGAAGAAUGCAUUGAAGGGACGAAUUUGUUCGUGGCAUCUACGUACAAAAACAUCCUCGACCAUAUCUCGAAAUUAGCAUUAAAACAUGCGGAUCUUCACUUGAAUUCACCUGUUGUUCAAAUAGAAGCAGCCAACAGAGAGGUUACCAGUGACCGUCACAUCACCGUCGUAACGGAAGCUGGGAAAAAGUAUCAGUUCGACGAUGUUAUCGUCACUUGUCCCCUGGGCUGGCUGAAGAAGAACAAGUCUGUUUUCAGUCCGUCGUUACCAUUACGCUUAACUUCUGCAAUCGACAACAUAUCAUACGGUCGACUCGAGAAGAUUUACGUUACUUUCCCACGUGCCUUUUGGCAUAUACCUACCGAGCGCAAGUCGGCAAGCGGCACCGGAAUCACAGUUACCAAUGGCCCCGACUUUGUGCCCGAUAGUGAUAGCGACAAGUAUCCACCAGCCUUCACACAGUGGCUGGAACCGACGUAUGUCAAAGCCCCUUCAGAGGAAGGAAGCUGGAACAUGCAGUGUGUCUCAUUGGCAGCACUUCCGCCAAAUUGUGCGCAUCCAACACUCCUAUUCUAUAUCUACGGGCCCACAUCCGCCUGGGUUGUCAAUAGCAUCAAAGACAUGGAUGAAUCAUCACUCGAGUAUUACGAAUUUCUCGAUCACUUUGUCCGGCCAUUUUAUUCUUCUCUUCCCGGAUAUUCCGCCUCGUCCGAGUCAUGUACGCCCACUGCUUUUCAAGCGUCUAAAUGGAUAUCCGAUGACUACGCCGGCAAUGGUUCCUAUGCAAAUUUCCAGGUUGGGCUGGAAGCUGGCGACAAAGACAUUGAAGCGAUGCGACUUGGCAUGGGUCCUGAUCGUGGGGUGUGGUUUGCUGGAGAGCAUACUGCACCAUUUGUCGGAUUGGGCACGACGACUGGUGCUUAUUGGAGUGGUGAACGCGCCGCUGGGCAAAUAUGCGACCUUUACAGUCUAGGUCAAUUGGGCCUCGGAGUCAGAAAAGACGAUUCAUUGCCUACAGGAACUCCGGGGGUGAUGACUGGUAAUACCAUGUUCCAUAAGGGGAACACAACGGCACUCCGGGCUCCUGUAGUUUUGGCAACAGUACAAGUAUCGUGUUCAGAUACUUCAGUGCAAUUCUUUGAGAACCCCAGUUUUGAAGACGGAACGGCCGAAGACUGGACCUUUACGAACGCCUAUCCGUCAUACAGCGUCGUCGAGGCGGGCACUUCCGCUGCGAAGAUCGCAGCAGAUGAGGACGGACAGUGGUACCUCCAGACUAAAGGCUACAACCAUGCAUUUGACCUUUCUCAAACGAUCACGGGACUCGAAAUUGGUAGUACUUAUACUGGUUCAUACUACAUCAACGUUCAGCUGGGCGGGUCCCUGGGGGGUUGCUGGAAUUAUGCCUAUCUUGACUCGAACGCCGCUACCAACCAGAUCUAUUACGAGCCCUACCAGCGUCUGCACAACUUCAUUCUCAACUGCCCCUACUCCGACGCCAAUACAAACACCUCGCCCUUCAUCGCAUGCUGUGGUCUCUUUGCCAUCUUCUUCGGCCGUUAUCUCGGCAGCUUCGUCGGCUGUUGUCGUAUCUCCCUCCUCGUCGGCUGCUGUUCGUCCUUCUUCCCAUCGUCCCACACGCCCUUGCACACGCAAGACUCUCAGUUCCUCUGGUGCCGUGCGUCCUUCAUCGUCAGCUCAGGUCUCCAUUCCCACGUCGCGUGCUACUCGUCCUUGCACACGCAAGACUCUCAGUCCCUCUGGCACAGUGCGUCCUUCAUCGUCAGCUCAGAUCUCCAGUUCUUCGUCGCGUGCUACUCGUCCUUGCACACGCCGCCCUCAUCGCUCAACCUCAACUCCUGUUUUACCAACUACAUCAUUGCUGACCACUGCUCAAUCUUCGGGAGUGUCUGGCACUCCUUCAAACUUAAUCUCUACCAUUUUCACCGGUUCUUCCAGCACCACAUCUGUACCCGGUAA